AUGAAGAUAAAAAGCAGGCCCAAGCUGCUGGCAAAGGUGGAUGCAUUAGAUAUAAUCAACAGAAACUUGGAGAGCCACAGUGACCAGAUGGAGCUUUUGGAGAAGGUGCAACUGUACUGUAAGUCUUCCAUGAGCAGGGAUGAUGCUGCAAGAACCAAGCAAAUCCUGAUCGACAUGGGCCUUACCGAGUUCGAGUCCAUACAACUGCUUGACUUCAGCCCCAAGUCCAUCGUUUGCCUCCAGCUUGUGGUAGAGGAUAUGGAGGAGAGGUUCACCGACGAGGAUCUCUUCAGAAUCCUCAAUCUGUUCAACAACAAAUGA